AUGUUCGCUGGCACCCCAAUUCAACACGGCAAUUCAGAUGUUCAAAGCUCCCACAACAGAGCGAGAGUGCAAGAUUUACAGCCACUGAGUGGACCAUGGCGCUCGUUACUUGUACUCACAGUUGCGUCCUUGUGUACACUGGCCUGCGCCUUUCAGAUUGUUGACAGUGUCAGUAACGUGGGCAAGGCCUUGGGUACCAACCCAUCUUUCCCCGCUCUCACUAUAAUUCCUUUGGUGGGGAAUAUCGCGAAGCAUCGCAUGAUAGUGGAGGGCUCCCGAGCAGAGCAGCAGAUAGAGCGUGGCAUUCGUGCGAUUAUCAAUGGAAUAUUGAGGCUCACUAUGCUAGUCGCGCCCCUCAUUGUGACUUUUGGUUGGGUGUUAGAUCAGCCUUUGAUCCUGAAAUUCGAUGAGUUCGAGGCUACCACUUUACUACUAAGUAUUGUUGUCAUGACCUAUCUUAUUUCGGAUGGUAGGAGCAAUUAUUUCGAAGGUUUGAUGUUAAUUGGAACGUAA